AUGAUGGGCCUGGGAAACGGGCGUCGGAGCAUGAAGUCCCCACCUCUCGUGCUAGCCGCCCUGGUGGCCUGCAUCAUCGUCUUGGGCUUCAACUACUGGAUUGCCAGUUCCCGCAGCGUGGAUCUUCAGACACGCAUCAUGGAGCUGGAAGGCAGGGUCCGCAGGGCAGCCGCAGAGAGAGGGGCAGUGGAGCUGAAAAAGAAUGAGUUUCAGGGAGAACUGGAGAAGCAGCGGGAACAGCUUGACAAGAUCCAGUUAAGCCACAACUUCCAGUUGGAGAGUGUCAACAAGUUAUACCAGGACGAAAAGGCAGUCUUAGUGAAUAACAUCACCACUGGAGAGCGACUCAUCAGGGCCCUGCAAGACCAGCUAAAGACCCUGCAGAAGAAUUAUGGCACGCUGCAGCAGGACGUUCUCCAGUUUCAGAAGAAUCAGACCAACCUGGAGAGGAAGUUCUCCUAUGACCUGAGCCAGUGCAUCAGUCAGAUGAAAGAGGUGAAGGAGCAGUGUGAAGAGCAGAUAGAGGAAGUCACCAAAAAGGGAAAUGAAGCUUUGGCUUCCAUAGACCUGGAUGAAAAAAGAGAUCUGCAGCUCCAGUCCCUCAGUGAGCUUCAGCCUAGGUCACAGGAAUCAAGCCCACCACAGGCAGCAGAGUCACAAAGGAAAGGAAAUGUUCCCAGCAACAGCAAGCCCCAGACCCCAGCGCCCAGUUCUGAAACACCUGUGGCUGUGAAGAGACCGGAUGAGGAGACCAAUGAGAUUCAGAUUGUCAGCCAGGAGGAGACUCGGCACCUGAUGCUGCCACAGGAGCCAGGCCGGGAGCAGGCCACCAAAGAUGACAAGCUCGCUAAGGGAAGAGGUACCGGGGAAGCCGGAGAACUGAGCCAAACCCCACAAGUGCCAGCUGCCCCGUUGAGCCAGGAAAAUACAGAGAAUGAGGAGCCUGAGCGGGAGCAGUUCUUCAUCAGCGAUGACGAGAAGAAUGAGGAGCAGGGUGCUGAUAAGCCAGGGAGAAACCAGCAAGCACUGGUCGGAGAUGAUGGUUACAAUGUGGAUGAAAAUGAGGCAGAACCUGAAAUGGAUAAACAGGCAGCCAUUGUGGAGAACGACAAAAGCAUAAAUGUUAUUAAUGCUGAAGAUAAGAGACAUACCGUAAAUUUACUUGAUCAGCAUGAAAAGAGGAACCACACAGUUUGA